CCCUCUACUGCUACGACACAAACUUUGCAACAUUAUAAAGACAAAAGGGUUGGGAGAGAAAACAACACAGCAUUCUAGCUGCCUCAGUCACCUUGAAGAAACAUACUAUACAUAAAAACAACCCAGCUUCUAAAAUUUUGUUUGUGAGACAGAAUCAGUGGCAGUUAUAUGAAUGUUUUUAUAAAUGAUGCUGCUAUCAAUAAUGUAACAUAGAUUUAUACUAUACAUAAAGGAGUUGUUGGAGAAAAAGAAUUUGUACGCCUAGAGUAUUUUGAACCCCCUUUUUUUAACAAGGAAGACAAAGUCUUCUCUUUCCUCAUAUUGUCAAAAGAUGCCAGCCAAGACACCCAUCUACUUGAAAGCUGACAAUAAUAAGAAAGGAAAGAAAUUCAAGUUGAGGGACAUUUUGUCUCCUGAUAUGAUCAGUCCACCUUUGGGUGACUUCCGCCACACAAUUCAUAUUGGGAAAGAAGGACAACAUGAUGUGUUUGGAGACAUCUCUUUUCUGAAAGGAAAUUAUGAGCUUCUACCUGGAAAUGAGGGAGAAACAGCAGCCAGCCAAUAUGAAGGAUGCAAUGAAUUCCUAAGGGCAAACAGCACUUCUGACUCAGUGUUUAUUGAAACUCCUUCUCCCGUCCUUAAAAAUGCCAUAUCGCUUCCUGCCAUCGGUGGUUCUCAAGCCCUUAUGUUGCCCUUGUUGUCACCAGUGACAUUUAAUUCAAAGCGGGACUCGUUGGGACCCCUGAGGAAUCCCAGGCAUAGUUGUGAGCCGGUAAUGGAAGAAAAGUUGCAGGAGAAGAGCAAACACUUGGAGAAUGGGAAAAUAUACAGAGAUGACAUCACAUGGAAGCAGAAAGCGCCAGCAUCAUAUUAUACUAAUGGAACAGACAGCCAUUCAACUAGCCAUUCAGAACAAUAUACCAAAUGGCAAACAGAGGAGUUCCUUGACAACCCUCAUCUUUCAUGUGAUCAAACCAAGAUGCAGCCUAAAUUAGACGACCCUCUUUCAGACCUGGCAGAGCCCCUCCUUUCUUUGCAGCUUGACCUCGGACCCUCACUUUUGGAUGAAGUACUGAGUGUAAUGGACAAAAACAAAUCAUAGAACUUGCUGCUUUGUGCCAUCUCAGUUUUCUUCAAAGAAAUAUAUUUGAAAUGUACAGACACCAUCCAUCCAAUGUCAAGCGAUUAAAGUUGCAAUCUAAUGCAUACUGAUUUUUGCAAUCGUUUCCCAAUGUUUUUGCUUAUUAAUAAAAAGGUGUCAAGCCUCAACUCAUUUGAAUGAGAAAAAUAAG